GGGGGGGGCGUUCUGGGUGUGGGGCGGCUCCGGGGCCGGGGAUGGCGGCGGCCGCUGUUGCGGCGGCUCCGGGACAAGCGGGAGGAGCCCGAGGAGCGCCGUGAGAUGGGCCGGCUCCCAGGCCAGUGGGGAGGACAGUGCUUCUUACUGCAGCUGCUCAGAAGCACCACUGGAAGCUCAGCAGAUGUGGGCGCCCCAGCCAGCAGCAGAGAGGGGUGCAGGGGAGCCACAGAGAAGCCCUUUCUGAUGCCCCAAGGAGCAAGCCGACCCCUUCCAGGCUCCAGGAACACCACAAAGCAAUAUGAAACCUGUUCAUGAAAGGAGUCAGGAAUGCCUUCCACCAAAGAAACGAGACCUCCCCGUGACCAGCGAGGAUAUGGGGAGAACUACCAGCUGCUCAACUAACCACACUCCCUCCAGUGAUGCCUCUGAAUGGUCCCGAGGGGUCGUGGUGACUGGGCAGAGCCAGGCAGGAGCCAGAGUCAGUCUCGGGGGUGAUGGAGCUGAGGCCAUCACUGGUCUGACAGUGGACCAGUAUGGCAUGCUGUAUAAAGUGGCUGUGCCACCUGCUACCUUCUCCCCAACCGGCCUCCCAUCCGUGGUGAACAUGAGCCCCUUGCCCCCUGCAUUUAAUGUAGCGUCUUCACUAAUUCAACAUCCAGGAAUCCACUAUCCUCCAGUCCACUAUGCUCAGCUCCCAUCCACCUCUCUGCAAUUUAUUGGGUCUCCUUAUAGCCUUCCCUAUGCUGUGCCACCUAAUUUCCUACCGAGUCCCCUCCUUUCUCCCUCUGCCAACCUCACCACCUCUCACCUUCCACAUUUUGUGCCAUAUGCCUCACUCCUGGCAGAAGGAGCCACUCCUCCCCCGCCGGCUUCAUCCCCAGCCCACUCAUUCAACAAAGCCCCCUCUACCACCUCCCCACCUGGGCAGUUGCCACAUCACUCAAGUACUCAGCCGCUGGACCUCGCUCCAGGUCGGAUGCCCAUCUAUUAUCAGAUGUCCAGGCUACCUGCUGGGUACACCUUGCAUGAAACCCCUCCAUCAGGUGCCAGCCCCGUUCUUACCCCUCAGGAGGGCCAGUCUGCUCUGGAAGCAGCUGCUGCCAAUGGACAGAGACAGCGAGAGCGAAAUUUAGUAAGACGGGAGAGUGAAGCCCUGAACUGCCCCAACAGCAAGGGCGAAGGCCAAGGACUGGGGCCAGUGGUAGAAUGUGUGGUGGAUGGACAGUCGUUUUCAGGUUCUCAGACUGCUCGGGUGGAGGUGGCAGUGCCAACACACCGAGGGACCCCAGACACUGACCUCGAGGUCCAGCGGGUGGUUGGCACUUUAGCUUCUCAGGACUAUCAUGUGGUGGCAGCUCAGAGGAAGGAUGAGCCCAGCCCCCUCAACCUGUCCCAUCAUACACCUGACCGUAAGGGUGAGGGGCGAGGGUCAGCUAGGAACCCAGCAGAAGUGGCCGAGAAAAAUCAGGCCCGAGGGGUCUACCCUCAAUCCCAUCAGGAUCUGGUAAAACACAGACCUUUACCCAAAGCAGUGGUUGUAGCCAAUGGCAACCUGGUGCCCACUGGAACUGACCCAGGACUGCUGCCCAUGGGCUCGGAGAUCCUGGUGGCAUCAAGUUUGGACAUGCAGGCCAGAGCCACCUUCCCAGACACGGAGCCAACAGCGCCCCCCAUUACCUCCUCCCACUUGCCCUCCCAUUUCAUGAAAGGCGCCAUCAUCCAGCUGGCUACGGGGGAGCUGAAGCGGGUAGAGGACCUCCAGACCCAGGAUUUUGUGCGCAGUGCUGAAAUGAGUGGGGGGCUGAAGAUUGACUCUAGCACAGUCGUGGACAUACAGGAGAGCCAGUGGCCUGGAUUUGUCAUGCUGCAUUUCGUGGUUGGUGAGCAGCAGAGCAAAGUGAGCAUCGAGGUGCCCCCUGAGCACCCCUUCUUUGUGUAUGGCCAGGGUUGGUCCUCCUGCAGCCCUGGGCGAACUGCACAGCUCUUCUCUCUGCCCUGCCAUCGGCUACAGGUGGGAGAUGUCUGCAUCUCUAUCAGUUUACAGAGCUUGAACAGUAACUCCGUUUCUCAGGCCAGCUGUGUUCCCCCAGGCCAGUUGGGCACCCCCCGAGAAAGGCCUGAGAGGACUGUCUUGGGAUCCAGAGAGCAAUGUGACAGUGAGGGGAAGAGCCAGCCAUCAGGCGAGGGCUCCCAAAUGGUAGAGCCCUUGCAGUCAGAGCCUGGUGCUCAGGCCUGCUGGCCAGCGCCAAGCUUCCAAAGAUACAGCAUACAAGGGGAGGAGGCACGGGCUGCACUGCUCCGUCCCUCUUUCAUUCCACAGGAGGUAAAGCUGUCCAUCGAAGGGCGUUCCAAUGCAGGAAAAUGAACCUCUCCCAGACCAGGACUGAGGCUUUACCCCAGAGCUGGGCCUCACCGUGAGCAGGCAGAGGAUUUGCACAUGCCGAGCAGGGAAUGGCUCUCUUGGCAGUGAGACUGGCGGGGGAAGAGGAGGCAGCCUCCCAAGACAGAGUCUGUUGCCCAUUACCCAAUGGCAUCCUUUCAGGACAGCCUCAGAGGGCGCUCUGAUGGGGAGCAGCAGGCCUGGGCCAAGGAAGGAAGGAGAUGCACACAGGAUAAGAAACAUUCCAAAUAUCAGGGCCUCCCUGUUCUUUCCUCCCCACCCCAGCUCCUGCAAGGGGAAAGUCAGGCUUUGGGAACAGGUGGCAGAGGGAGGGAGCAAAGAAAGAGCCAAAAAUGAUGAUCCACAGCUUAUAGUAGCACUGCAACUACGGUUUGUUUGUUUUUUUCCUUUUUUUUGUGAUGGGAGGGCAGGAGGCCCCCAUGGUUGGAAAUAAGAAGGUUCCCACCCAGAACUCUUCUUUUGAGAGCUGUGCACUUUAAGGGGGACUUUGUUACAGAUGUCUAUGGCUGGCUUUGUGGGGGAGGAGCACUCAUCUACAGGACUGUGAUCCCGUGCUUCCGCCCAUUCCCAUCUCUUCCCAUCACGCCUCCCACAAGGCUUUUAGCACCAGGACAGAGAAGCCCCUUCAGGGUUCAGAGUGAAGCACUGCUUUGGCUGGUUGACUUUUGGGAGAAAGACCUGAUGGCCAGGUUGACUGGGCUCUAGGCAGGGCUUCUGGAAGGGUAGCUGACUUAACGAAGUUUCUCUUACCCUUCCUGCCAGACCUGCUUCGAAAUUGUACUGAAUCUCAAGUUGGUAAUGGUGACUUCUGAAAGAACCAGUGGGCCCUUUUUCCCAGGCCCCCAGACCCGUCUUCUGUCUGUCUAUGUUGUGCCUAAGUGCCUGCGCUGCCCCAGCCCUUCUGCUGCCCUAACCUCUGCAUGGUGUCUUGGCCUGGGCCUGAUUGUAGCUGUACUGCCUUUCCCCUUCUGCAAAAUUGGUUUUGUCCAGUCUGACCAAACCUCUGGUUUUUGUGUGUAGGGGUCUCUCUGGUUUCCCCUUCAGUUAUACUCUCUGUUUUUAAAAACUCAGAAUCAUGUCCUCUCUUCUGCAGCUGAACAACUUGGUAGAGAAACAAGAAUGGAACUGUGCCCUGGGUUAGGGCACAUGCACCUGGCUGGCAGUGCCUGCCCUGGUGUUUUUACACAGCCCCUUCCAUCUUAUUCCACUUUGUCUCCAGCAUUAAGGCUUUUCUAAGCCAUCCCUUCCUACAGCCAAUUCUUAAGAUUCCAGGAUAGUCUUGAUAAUACCUGAGGUCUCCCAGAUUUCAUUUCAUGGUAGAGUGUUCCUCUGUAAAGACUAUUUUUAGUCUUGGUUGCAUUUGCCCCGCUAUGUCUUAACCUCACAUUUUCUUCACAACUUUUAGCAUCAGCUUGGACAAUAGGAUUCCACUGGGUAUUGAGAAUUAGGCUCCCCCACCAGCUUUCAUGUGGGUGGGUGAGUUUUUUGUUUGUAUUUUGGGGGGUCUUUAGACUGUUGAAGCAACUCAGGGUAUUGUCCACCCAGCUGUCUUGUGAGGCUUCUCCCAGGGUAGGAUCCUGGCAUUUCCUUUAGAAAUGUACUUGGACUGGCCAAGACCUGGCUUGUCAUCAGUCCCAAACCUCUGAGGUCUGAUUUCUGCUCUGUCAAAAACUUUAGGCAAGUCUUGUGACCUCUUGCUCUUUCACUUCCUCCCCAGCUGCCAAAUGGGGAUAAAUAAUCUUACCUACCUCCUGGGGGGAGGAGGAGUUCUGAGAAUGUCGUUAUUCUUGAUGUUCAGGUGCUAAAGGUUGUUCUCCUGGGGCUCACAAAGUGUCUGAGACUGGCUUGUUUGCUACAAGUCCUACAUGCCACUGUUUCAUUCUUAGCAGUCACCUGGCCAGUCAGCUUUUGGAGGCCCAUCUAAAAGAAGCUGCUGACCUGACCGUAAGGACGUAAGUCUCUGGUUUACCUCAGAACCAAACACCAACCCCUGUCUGGUGAGCACUCAGCCUUGUAUGCAUUUGGCAUUGUGUCCUUUCCUUUCUCUGUCCCCCAUCCUCUCUGAAUGCUGCUUUCUCUGGCUUGUUUCCUACAGUGGGGGCCUGUGGGGCUGAGUCUUGAGGAAUCCUCUCAGAUGAUGGUCCUGGAAAAGGGCCUCAUCUCUGGCUGUUUCAUGAGCAACUCAUUCCUAGGGAUUAUUUGCACGGGUUUCUUCCUCAUAGGAAGGCUCACCACCCUAAUACAGUGACACACACACAGUAGACACUCAAGAAAUGUCCACCAAGGACAACACCAACUGAGCUUCCUUCUUACGGGAGCAAACCUAUAUCCAACCAGAUAACAGGCCAAGUACUUUAAAUCAAAUAACCCUCCACCUCCCAGCCUGGCAACUUCUGCUUGAUCCUGGAAAGAAAAUCUUGUGCAUCAUGGCCCAACGCCUUGACAUUUCUGCUGUUGCUCCUUUGCUGUCUCAUAGUGAAACAAUACCAGCAGCUCCCCUGAUACCGUGCCAUGCAUAUGUAAUAAUACUUGAUUUUGCUGAGCUGCAGAGAUAUCUAUUAUGUAAAGUAUGGUUCCAGGAAGAGCUGUGGCAUUCCUCUUGCCUUUUCCCUCUGGUUCAGUCUUUUCUUCCAGGCAUUAGAAGUAAAAGUAACCUAUGCUGUGUCAUUCUUCCCUAUAGGAAUUUCCUAAGUUUGCAAGAGACUGAAGAGUGGUUUUAAGAGAGCAUUGUAGGGGGAAGCUGGCAGCUUUUUGGGGGAAUGGGCAAUUGAAUGCCAGAGCCAGUCACUUGUCAGUGUCAUACAUUCCCAGAGCCUAGGAGUAGGAGGGAGGCCUGCUACCUCUGGCACUAAACAGAAAUGCUGGUGCCAAUUUGGGAGGAGGGGAACCAGGAAAAGGAUGGGUGAUGCAUCCAAGUGUUGGAUCAUCAUUCCUAUUGCAAUUAGUGUACAUGGGGGAGCUGGGAGGAUGGUGGCAUGGGGAAAGGGGAACUGGGGGUUCAGGGUUGAGUACUCAUACCCAAGGGAAGGGGUCCCAGCAGAUCUGGGUUGACCCUUCUAAACUCUGGGUCCCUGUUGGUUGUAACACCGAGGGUUUUGGUCUGUGCUGCUUUGCCCAUGCUGCUGUCUGCUCACUGUCCUGCCUGCUGCCCUUAUAGCUCCCUGUCCUUCCAUACCUUAGGUCAUCUAGGUGAAAUCCAGGCAUCUUGUCCAUUCUUACCUGUGCAAGUGUUACUUUAUAGCAAAGUCAUGAAUAGGGGUAGUAUGAAAUGCUGCUGGGGGGUUGGUGAAUCCAAAGGGAUAUGGCUUCAGUGCUCGUCGGGAGCCCUUUGCCUCCAAAUAUCUGUCUUGAGGGACAAACAAGCAGGUCCUGUUAGUGGAUGUUCUCUGUGUAUUAACUUCUCUCCUUUGUGGUAUCUUGUAUCCUGUUCAAAAGAAAAAAAAAUAGAUGGGGUGCCAGAUUAGGGCCUGUGUCAGCACUCCAGGGAGGUUCAUCUGGCUCCAGUUAUGUGGAUUCUGGGGCUGGGAGAGGGUUUGAAGUUUGGCUAAAAUAGCCCCUCAGUGGGGUUCAGUUUUAUUUUUACCACUGGGCAUCAUAGAGGGACAGGGUUGGUGGUAUGAUUUAAACCUGCAACAAACAAGCAGGCUUAUUGAAGAGUUGAGUGAUCACACUGGAUAUGAAGGAUAGACAUUGCUUGACUGGGAAGGGGCUGGGUCCGUUGGAUUAAAGAUAACUUGAUGAAUUGGCCAUGGGAGAUUAAGUCACAGUCUUAAGAGCAAAGUAAACAGGGCAGAGGCCAAGUUUUAGGGAGACUCCUUGGCCUCCGAGGGCUAAGUUUACUAAACCAUGCUGAAGUACAACACUUAACAGAUGGGAAAAGGUGUACACUACAGUUGAAGAGCUAAACUGUGCUAGUUUGGAUGUUGACCAGGAGCCUACUAGCCCUUUGCUGGGAAGCCUCCACCCUCUGCUUCCCUGGGGUAGGGAAGGAUGCCUACAUUAUGCAAUAAUAAAAUAAGCAUCUGGGUCUUUGCAGCUGUCAGUUGCUCUUUCAACUCUAGGAUCCAUCUUUGGGCCAGAGGUCUGGUUUGGGCUUAGGAUGACACUGGCCCUCAAGAUGCUAGAGUAGAUUGCACUCUCUCCUUACCUGCAAACUAUGCACAGUGCCUGGGGCAGAAGGAAGAGAGGUGUUGUGGUUUGCCCUGCUGAGCCUCCCCAGCAGGAACAGUAGUAAUAAAUGCACUUUUCACACUAAGGUUUCCUUAUUAGUUGUCCUGUUAAGCCUAGAUCCUCCCCUGGUAGAUUGCAAACUCAAAAGUCUGUGUGAUUCCAAAGCCGUUCUACUGCAAAUGCCCAGCAGUGAAGAUGGCCUCAAAUUGGGUUCCUGUCUGCAGUGUGUGUGGCAGCCCAUGUGCCUUUAUCUAUUGUCAAACUUGCAAGCAUUUAUUUAUGUGUUUAUAACUGUCAUGGGGACUGAGGUUCUUCAGAGAGAGAGCAUGCAAGCUUAUGAUGCAGUGGUUUUACACCCACUCCCUAGAUGUAGUUUCCUUACAGCGUGAGCCACGAGUGGUUAGUGCAUUGCUGGUAUUGUUGAAGGCAAGGUUCAUCCCUCAUUUGCUUGAUACUCGUAUUGAGAGAAUUGAGAUCGUGUUGGGGAAGACACUGACUGUACUCAUGGCAAGCUUGAAGUAUUAAAAUAAGGCUGUCUCCACACCCACCCUAGUCACACACAGGAUCCCUGUAGCCAAAACAGUAUAUGUUCCAGCUGCAGAGAGCAAACUGCUCUCAGCUUGCACAGCACCUUAGGGGAGGGAAGAAUAUAUGGAUAGGGAAUGGGGUGGAAAAAGAUGGGAAUGUUGUCAUCCAGUGGCUUUAGGGUCCUGAGGAGUAGAGGGAUGGCACUGGGGAGGUCUGGAUGGAUCUGAUUUGUGUAGGAGUUCCCUGUAGAUAAAAUACUGAUCCCCCAACUACUAUCCCCAGUAUGUAAUGGCUGAAUUAAUAUGUAAUCAACUGCAUUGUAUCUAAAGCCUUAGAACUAGUCAGGUGCUCCCCCCACCCAAUACCAUUUCUUACCCUCUAAUCCUACCUGAUCUUUAACAAAGCAUUAAUAAUUCUAAGGAUAAUCUCUAUUUUGUUGUGCUUUUUUGUAACUGUUUUAAAUAAAUCAAUUUGUACUGUAUAUUUGUACUUUUGUGAGAUCCUUUUUGCUGUUUUACCAUUUUAAGUCUCUGUACUUGGCUACACACAGAUUGUAUUUUUAUUGUUAAUGCUCUUCUUAUGGAUACCUGCAUUUAACUUGUGGACUAUGUAAACACAAUAUAUAUAUCAAUAUCUAUAUAUCUAUAUAUCUAUCUAUAUAAACUACUAGCUUUUCC